AUGUCUAAGGUAUCUGAACAAAAACAUGCACAUGCAAAAUUAGAAUUAAAAGUUUCGUGUGAAUUAGCUUACCCCCUUGCGACACAAGUAAUACUACUAGUCAAAGAUUCAAGAACCCAAAAUUGGGAUUUGACCCCAUAUAAAACGGAAGUAAUAGUGAAUUAUUCGAAACCAAAGUUUGUUACCGGUAUAAUUGUUGAUUAUUACUUUGAGGAAUUGCAAACAUUCAGAUUUAUAUGCAUUAAUGUUAAUAAACCCAAUAAUCCGGAUUGGAAUGCGCAGGAAGUCAUUGGAUAUUUCGAUUAUGAUUUGGGAUCAAUUGUUUCCUCUGCAGGUAAAAAAGUGAAAAAUAGAUUAAUGUCAGAAAAUAGAAGUAAUAAUUUCAUAACUAUUAUGGCCAUGGAAGUCAAAGAGUCGAGUAGAGACGUGAAGUUACAAUUCCAGGCUCAGAAUAUCACAAAGAAAUUAUUUUUGAGAUCAACACCCCAAGCCUUUCUGGUUUUAAGUCGCGCUAACGAAGACGGGACGUUUGCUCCAGUCUAUCAAUCUCCAAAUAUUUCGUCAAUGAAUCCAUUAUGGCCCGAAUUUGAUAUAAAGGAAAGUACAUUAUGUAAUGGUGACUUGGACAGAGCAUUGCGGAUACAAAUCAAAAAUUACAAAGGAAACGGAGUUCAUGUUCUUCUUGGACAAUGUACCUUAACCCUUAGAGAGCUUCUAGAAGAGACAGAUACCAGAACCUUCCAAUUGAGGAUUCCAUCCGGAUUUAAUGGAAAUGCUCCUAAAGAUUCUAUACUUACAGUUGUAAAAGUAAUUUUAAAAGAAAUGCCAACAUUUUUGGAUUAUAUCGCUGGUGGCACACAAAUUAAUUUAGUAGUAGCCAUUGAUUUUACGGAGUCAAAUGGUGACCCAAGAUCACCAGAGAGUUCACAUUAUAUAGGAAACAGAGAAAAUGAUUACCAGCAAGCGAUCCGUAGCGUUGGUACAAUAUUAGAAAAAUACGAUUCUGAUAAAAUGAUUCCGGUAUAUGGAUUUGGAGGCAAAUUCAACGGAAAUUUAUCGCAUACUUACCCACUGAACGAUAAUUUUGAAAACCCAGAAGUUUUUGGUGUAGAUGGUAUAAUGGAAGUAUAUCGUAAAACAAUCAAUAAUGUAGUACUGGAUGGUCCAACGAACUUUUCACCGAUUAUUAACCAUACUGCAGCAACUAUUAAAAGCGAAAUAAGUAAAGGCGAGGACGUAUAUUAUAUAUUAUUAAUCAUUACAGAUGGAGUCAUUACGGAUAUGGACACAACAAUUCGUGCUAUUGUAAGGGCUAGGAAACUUCCACUUUCGAUUGUUAUUGUUGGUAUAGGUGAAGCUGAUUUUACAAAUAUGAAUAUUCUUGAUGCGGAUGAUAAACCAUUGUCAGUGCAAGAAAUCGAUCCAUUGACUGAUGCGCCUGUAACAGUUGGAAGAGACAUCGUACAAUUCAUUGCGAUGAACAAGUUCAGUACAGAGGCGGCUCGUUACUCUUUGCCAAAAGCUGUCAUGGAAGAGAUACCUGAACAAUUUAUGUUUUAUAUGAAAGAAAAUAAUAUUAACCCGAAGCAAUUUUCGUAG